AUGACGGUGUUGGCUUCUCUACUGGAGCUCAAGGCCGGAGUGGUGUACUCUUCAUCAUAUGAGGGGCCUUACACAAAGCACUCCAACCCCUCCAGGCCACCGGAUGGAGCGCUGGCCAUCAGGAGGCAGAGUAUCCCAGAGACGAGCACCAAUGACAGGAACACCCUGCAGGACAUACGGAGUGACCAGCUCAACGUGGGCGACUACAUCAGGUCUGUAAACGGGAUCAAUCUGACCAAGUUCCGUCACGACGAGAUCAUCAGCCUGCUGAAGAACGUCGGAGAACGUGUGGUUCUAGAGGUGGAAUUCGAGCUGCCACCUGUCUCUGUUCAAGGCUCUGGGCUGAUGUUCAAAAGCGUCGAGGUGACUCUGCACAAAGAAGGCAAUACGUUCGGCUUUGUCAUCCGAGGAGGAGCCCACGAGGACAGGAACAAAUCCCGCCCCGUUGUCAUAACGACCAUCAGGCCAGGUGGACCUGCUGACAGGGAGGGUACGGUGAAGCCAGGGGACAGGCUCCUGAGUAUCGAUGGGAUCCGUCUUCACGGGACAUCCCAUGCAGAGGCCAUGUCCAUCCUCAAACAGUGUGGACAGGAGGCUACGCUACUCAUCGAGUACGACGUCUCCAUCAUGGACUCCAUAGCCACAGCUUCAGGGCCUCUGCUGGUUGAGGUAGCCAAGUCCCUGGGGUCCAGUCUGGGCCUGGCCCUCAACACCUCCAUGUACUGCAACAAGCAGGUCAUCAUCAUAGACAAGGUCAAGCCCGCAAGCAUCGCAGACAGGUGCGGGGCGCUGCACGCGGGUGACCACAUCCUGUCUGUGGACGGUACCAGUAUGGAGUACUGUACCUUGGCCGAGGCCACCCAGCUGCUCGCCAGCGCCUGUGAACACGUCAAGAUGGAGAUCCUGCCCCACCACCAGACCAGGCUGGCCCUCAAGGGUCCUGAACACGUCAAGGUGCAGAGAAGCACGCGGACCCUUCCCUGGGAGUCCUCCUCAGCCAACAACAACAGCAACUUCCUCCCCUACCAACACUAUAACACCUACCAUCCUGACCAGUCGCAGAGACACCAGGCCUCCAAGCACCACAAAACCUCUCCCAACAACCCCGUAAAGUUCCUGAUUCUCCUCUUCCCUGCUCUAGGCUCCUCCUUCUCUCCUACCUCUAUGAGUACCUACAGUCUGAGCUCCCUCAACAUGAGCACCCUGCCGAGGAACAUGUACCCCACCAGCCCCAGAGGAACCAUGAUCAGGAGGAAACUCAAGAAGAAGGACUUCAAGAGCUCACUGUCUCUGGCUAGCAGUACCCUGGGUCUAGCAGGUCAGGUUGUUCACACUGAGACGACUGAGGUGAUUCUGGUCAGUGACUCUCUCAUGGGGUUUGGUAUCCAGCUACAGGGCGGGGUGUUUGCCACAGAGACCCUGUCCUCACCCCCGCUCAUCGGCUAUUUGGAUCCAGACAGUCCUGCAGAGAGGUGUGGGAUUUUGCAGAUAGGUGACCGUAUCCUGUCUAUAAACGGGAUCCCUACAGAGGACAGCACCUUGGAAGAGACCAAUCAGCUACUGAGAGACUCCAGCAUCACCAGCAAGGUCUCACUGGAGAUAGAGUUUGAUGUGGCAGAGGGGCUCAGCUUCUCCAGCCACCUUGUUAUAGAGGGGCUCAGCUUCUCCAGCCACCUUGUUAUAGAGGGGCUCAGCUUCUCCAGCCACCUUGUUAUAGAGGGGCUCAGCUUCUCCAGCCACCUUGUUAUAGAGGGGCUCAGCUUCUCCAGCCACCUUGUUAUAGAGGGGCUCAGCUUCUCCAGCCACCUUGUUAUAGAGGGGCUCAGCUUCUCCAGCCACCUUGUUAUAGAGGGGCUCAGCUUCUCCAGCCACCUUGUUAUAGAGGGGCUCAGCCGGCUCAGCUUCUCCAGCCACCUUGUUAUAGAGGGGCUCAGCUUCUCCAGCCACCUUGUUAUAGAGGGGCUCAGCUUCUCCAGCCACCUUGUUAUAGAGGGGCUCAGCUUCUCCAGCCACCUUGUUAUAGAGGGGCUCAGCCGGCUCAGCUUCUCCAGCCACCUUGUUAUAGAGGGGCUCAGCUUCUCCAGCCACCUUGUUAUAGAGGGGCUCAGCUUCUCCAGCCACCUUGUUAUAGAGGGGCUCUGCUUCUCCAGCCACCUUGUUAUAGAGGGGCUCAGCUUCUCCAGCCACCUUGUUAUAGAGGGGCUCAGCUUCUCCAGCCACCUUGUUAUAGAGGGGCUCAGCUUCUCCAGCCACCUUGUUAUAGAGGGGCUCAGCUUCUCCAGCCACCUUGUUAUAGAGGGGCUCUGCUUCUCCAGCCACCUUGUUAUAGAGGGGCUCUGCUGGUAUAACCCCGUGGUUUUGUUGCUCUCUCUCUCUCUCAUACCUCCAUCCUUUCUUCCUCUGCUCCUAGCUCCAUCCAGUAGGAAACCUGGGGAUGCUCUCAUCAUCUCCGACAUCAAGAAGGGCAGCGUGGCUCACAGGACUGGGACUCUGGAGCUGGGGGACAAGCUGCUGGCCAUCGAUAACAUCCGGCUGGACAACUGCUCCAUGGAAGACGCUGUUCAGAUUCUCCAGCAGUGUGAAGAACUGGUGAAGCUCAAGAUCCGCAAGGACGAGGACAACUCAGACGAACAGGAGCUGUCUGGAUCCAUCAUCUACACGGUGGAGCUGAAGAGAUAUGGAGGCCCGCUGGGGAUCACCAUCUCAGGCACAGAGGAGCCCUUUGACCCCAUCGUCAUCUCCAGCCUCACCAAGGGAGGACUGGCAGAGAGGACGGGAGCGAUCCACAUCGGGGACAGGAUCCUUGCCAUCAACAGUAACAGCCUGAAGGGUAAACCACUGAGUGAAGCCAUUCACCUGCUGCAGAUGGCUGGAGAGUCUGUCACACUGAAGAUCAAGAAACAGGGAGACUUGGCCAGUCCCAAGCAGCCGUCGGUGUCUGGUCAUCUCAGUGAUGUGAUGCUGAGUGAUGUGGAGGACGAGGCAGGGCUGGGAAACCAGGCAGAGAGCCAGAAACUUGGGAAGCUCUCUGACCUCUACUCCACCACCAUCCCCUCUGUGGACUCAGCCGUGGAGUCCUGGGACGGCUCGGCCAUAGACACCACCUUCAACACCCAGGCCCCAGGUUUCCAGGCGUCUGGCUACAGCUUCCACAGCCAUGAGUGGAGGAACGCCAAGCCCAGCCAAGGCAGCCUGUCUCCCGUCAGCACCCGCCAGAGACACAACGUCCUGGCAGACCUGGGCCUCAGCGACGACGAAUGGGACAGGCCCACCACCGGCGGAGCUUCUACACUGCCCACGGGUCUAAUCACUGACAGCAGGUUCACUGUGGGUCAUGACGGGACCGAGCCGGACCAGGAAGAGAACUUCUGGUCUCAGGCCCUGGAAGAUCUAGAGACCUGUGGCCAGUCUGGCAUCCUGAGGGAACUGGAGGACGAGCCAGACAGGCUUCUGAAUAAGAGAAACUUGGCCACCAUUAUGUCAGGCAGCAGUCUGAGUCUGAACCAUGACCCUGCUCCUCUGAGGAGCCACCUGGGUCGGCAGGCCAGCUUUCAGGAGCGCAGCGCAGCCCGGCCUCAGUACAACCAGUCCUCGCGCUCCAACACCCUGCCCAGCGACGGGGGGCGCAAGGCCUUCGCCAUGAGGAAGAUGAAGCAGGAGAUGAAUGACGUCAUGUCGCCCACCCCCGUGGAGCUGCACAAGGUGAGUCUGUUGAAGGAGUCGGACCUUGAAGACUUUGGCUUCAGUGUGUCGGAUGGCCUCCUGGAGAAAGGUGUCUAUGUCAACAACAUCCGCCCAGGUGGACCUGCAGAGGUCGGGGGCCUGAAGUCCUACGACAGGCUGCUACAGAUCAACCACGUGAGGACCAGAGACUUCGACUGCUGUCUGGUGGUCCCUCUGAUCGCCGAGUCAGGAAACAAACUGGACCUAGUGAUCAGCAGGAACCCUGCUUCCUCCAGAACCGGGUCCCAGUCAGAACUGAACCAGCUACCCGCCGAGGAGCCCGUUAUCAACUGGACCGAGCCGGGGGACAGCCUCUCUGGCCCUCCACCGAACCAGAACCACCAUUCCUUGUCCAGGAUGGCUGCUGGAAUCGGGGUGACUGGGAUCGGGGCGGCGCUGGCUGGGGCUGGGCUAGAUGAUAGAGACCCCACUAAGACCUUAUAGCAGACUGGAGGUCUGAAGGCCCAAGGCUCUCUCUUUCUCCCCUUCCCCUGUGAGUUGUCCUCCCCCUGGUGCUACUGUAGAAAACCACUCUGAUGAGACAGGGGGUCAAUCUAAAAUGGAGCCUUAUUGCACGUGCAGGGCACUACUUCUGUCCAGAACCUCUUUUGCAGGCUAACCCCUCACAGCUCUGGCUAAAAGUAGUGCACUACCUAGGGAAUAGGGUGUUAUUAAGGACACAGAUAGACAGACAGUGUUCCUAGGUGGACGGUGGGGUCCUGGGCCGCUAAGUCAAAGCACACUGACAAAACUAAACUCCUUCCUCUGAGCCAGAGCAUGAGCCACAAUCACAAGAGGUUUCCUCCUCUUCCUCCCUCACACUGGGGACUAUUGAGUACGGUACGCACCACUACCCAAGGACUACAAAGAACUACAAAGAUGGAGGUGAACUACAAAGAUGGAGGGUAACGUCUACCACACUGACCUCUUGGAAAAUACCUGAGACAAAAAUAACAACAGUGAUGAACUGAAACAAUAGUGCCAUCCGACCGAUCCUCUCCUUUUUAUUACUGCAGCUGGACUAUAAAACAGUAACACAAUUCUGUUGUUUAAAACAAAAGACAAAAGAAAACACAAUAAUAUUUGCUGAAAUGUUUACAUGUGAUGCUGGACUGGCCACUCUGUACGUGUGUGUUUGUGUUGCUGCACCACUGCUGUGUAGCGUCGUGACAGAAACAAGGCCAGAGUGAUACAAACCCUCCAUCUAGUUAUUCUAGGGAGUCCUUCCUUCCCUCCUUCUCUCUCUCUCUCUCUCUCUCUCUCUCUCUCUCGUUCACACUUGGCUUCACUCUGUCCUCCUUGUCCUCCUUCAUCUGUCAUAGAUGGGUCUCACUAGCUCUCUGUCCCUCCCCCUGUGAUUUCUAAUGGUUUUUACAGAGACAAUAUCACUUCUUCCCAGUGAUUUUUAAGUAGACUAUUUGACUUGGGGGAAGAAAGGAAAACAAACAUCUGGAAAAUAGCACAAUAUUUGAAACGUGACCCCCAUUUAUUUAAUGAAGCCUGUACUGUAGUCCUGCCUCUCUGAAGCCUGUACUGUAGUCCUGCCUCUCUGAAGCCUGUACUGUAGUCCUGCCUCUCUGAAGCCUGUACUGUAG